GCAAGCAAGUUGCGUGUGACGCGCCGCCGACUAGCGCGAGGCGCGUACCACUUUAUUUCCCCGAAACUUUGCGCGCCUUCCUUCUUUGGCCGAGCAACGCGCUGGAGCUGUCCAAAGGCGAAGCGAAACAAACCUCUCCUCUGUCCCCGCCAUUGCAUUGCAUUGAGAGGCAGACAAGUCACGACUUGUUCAGCAAGAAGGCUGCAGCUCCAGCUGCUUCUUCGUCCAUCAAUCGCCCCAUGCCACCCUCAUACACCGUCCACACCGGCCCCGAGAAAGUGGUCGUGCGCUCGCAGAGGGCGCGCACUUCCUCACGAGGCAGCGCAUCGGCGCGAUCCAUUCACUCUCCCGCUUCCAGCGCCGGUAGUCGCAGCCCGGGCUCCGGCCUUUCAGAGGGCUGGGACGAGGUGGAUCCCCCGUCGGGCGGCGACGACGACGAAAUUCGUCCCUUCGAGUCCGCGUCCGCCUCCAUUGCCACACGACCACGACAUUCCACCACCCGCGCCGAAAGCGCUCACCGCCCCACCACCACCCGUCGACACUCUUCCCGCAGAAGCGUGCUACACGAGGAGGUCGAGCCCGAAGAAGACCCACGAGUCCGUGACGCCUCCCACCGACGGCCCUCCACUACAAGCCACUCGAGCAGGCGCCGACGCGGCGAGUCGCGACGUGCCGCCUCCGACGAGUCCUCCAGCGCCGUGGCUUCCCACGACGACUACCCCUACGGCCACCAUGGCAGAUUGCCCUACCGACACGUGCCGGCACCAGCGCCGCCUCCAAUGAGCCAUGGUGGCUAUUACCCUGAGCACUACGCGGCGCAGCAAGCCUUGAUCCAUAUGCCCCCUUCGGCCGACCCAUAUGGCUAUCCUCAUCCCGGCCCCUACAGCGCUCCCAUUCCGCCUCACCACCCCUUCUCACCAAUGGACUCAUCCUCGUCUUCGGGCUAUUUUCCUUCGCAGCCACAACAUCGUCCACCGCCAAUGCCUCGUCCGCAGAGCUACUAUGGUUCCGACGUGAUGAGUGCCUACAGUGCUCCGCCAAUGCCGUCGUAUGCUUCUUACAACAUGCUUGCCAAUCUGGCAGCGAAUCCACACUUGGCGAGCAUGUAUGCACCACUCCUCAACCAAAUGCCGCCAACACCGACUGCAUCCACUGAAGACAGGAAGGAGCUGGAAGCGUUGAAGACGCUCAUGGAGAAGCACGAAGAGGCGCGUGUCGCUCGCGAGAUCGCCAUGAUUAAGAGAGCUGAGGCUGAGGCGGCCAGUCUUGCAGCAGCCCGGGCAAAGGAUGAGGAGGAAAAGAAAAAGAAGGAGGAGAUCGCAGUCGCUUCGAAAAAGGCUCGCGAGGAGGCCGAGAAGAAGGCAGAGGAGACGGCCAAGAAGGCGAAAGAGGAACACGAGAAGAAACUCAAGGAAAUACAGGUGGCCAAGGAAGCAGCGGAGAAGAAGUCGAAAGAGGUUGAGGAGGAGAAUAAGAAGCUCAAGCCGCCGCCAGACGCUGGCAAAGCGAUCAAGUUCAAAGACGCCGUGGGCCGCAAAUUCAACUUCCCCUUCAACCUUUGCAAGUCUUGGAAGGGCAUGGAGGGCCUCAUUCGCCAGGCCUUUUUGCACGUCGAUGUCAUUGGCGAUCACGUGCGCGCCGGCCACUACGACCUAAUGGGUCCCGACGGCGAGAUCAUCCUGCCGCAAGUGUGGGACGCAUGCGUGCAACCAGACUGGGAAAUCAGCAUGCACAUGUGGCCGGUGGAGGAGAAGGGCAAGCACCACCAUCACCACGACCCGAACAUGAUUGCAGAUCCAUUCUCCGCGCUGGGCAUCCACGACAUGCUCGCGCACGAUGGCAAGCACAGGCCCAAGAGGAAGGGGAGCAAGCGGGAGAAGAAGUCGUCCCCUCAGCCGGAGAUCAUCCAAGUCGGACCUCCGCCCCCUGGUUUGCUGCCUCAUGAGUACCCGCCUGGUUUUGUUGCGGAUCCGUAUACCGUCUUCGCGCCGCCGCCUCCUCCUUCGGGCGAUGAGAGGAAGGACAAAUCGAAGCGGCCUGUGAUUGUGAAGGCGAGGAGUCACAAGGAGCCUACUGGCCUUGCUGCUUGGUUUGCCGGCGGCAGUUCGGCGCAGCGUAGGAAGAAGUGAUCUGGUACUGGUAUGGGGUGACGGAAGCUGAGGCGCUGGACGAUCUCGAUUCACGAUUUUAUGGCAUAUUCUACACUCUUGGCUUUGUUUGGAUUUUCUGGAAAGCGAGUUUGUUUGCUUCGAGCCUUGCCCGGCUUUAUAUACCCCUUCUAACAUGAAUUGAUGGCUCUUGGACGAAUUGAUGAGGGAUGGUUUGCAGGGUGUGAAGGGCGAAGGCGAAGACGGAAGCGAUGAUCUAGGGGCCGAGUUUGAGGAGGCGUGGGAUUGCUGCUACGUUUCUUCUUCUUCUUCAGAACUGUUUUCUUGAUGGGAGAGGUAGUAGGCUAAUAUCCUAGCUAGGCAUGAUUAUACCCGACCUUCAAAAUCUUUGUUACUCAGCU